AUGCCUUGGGGCUGUAAACAGGAAAACAUACCUGAUUAUCUGAAUCUGCAGCUCUUUGUCAGCCAGACAGAUGGAUUUCAGAACAUCUCUGAGGAGAGGUACCGCCCUCUGAGUUCCCGGCUGCUGAUUGGCCGACCGAGGUGGAGGUUGCUCUUUGAGGAGAUAGGGAAGACCAAUAAAGCAUGGGUGUGGGUGUUCUGCUGUGGGCCUAAAGGCAUCUCCAGGACUCUGCACAGACUGUGUAACUCAGACCACUACUCAGCAACCACUUUUGAGUUCAACAAAGAGUCCUUCAGCUGAGACCAGCUCCCGUUCACCAUGACCCCAGACUCACAGAGAGACAGCUGACUUGAACCUACCAGGAAGUAACUCACUGGUUCUCCU